GGUCAAGGUCACUUUGUGAUGCUGAAGAGAUUCUUAAAUGUAAUCGCUGUUAUUAUUCGUUUUGUGUUGUUUCGAUUGUUACUUCUGGCCCAAAUAUGUCGUAGAACACCAGAACAAAUGUUUCUGCAACCAGCUGUACAGAGCUCUUGGACUUUUGUUACCAGGAACCGUAGAGUGGUGAUAGGUAUACUUGUAGUGCUGGCUCUGCUGCUGUACCUCUGGCCCUCUCUACCAGGUUUUAGCCGCAAAAGUACUUAUGACAAAUCCAACCAGCUGGUGACCUGUGUUGAGGAGAAACUAGAAGCAUUCCAGGAUCAGGUGGGGCAGUUUGAUGCCUCCAUACAACACAUUCCAGCCUCAGAACAGGAGGCGGCGUACAUUCCAUUUGUAGGUAAUGGUUACAUAGGUGUAACAUACAAGGGUGAACAUGGGUUAACACUGAAGUAUGGUAGGGCCCUAUCUGUUUUUCUUCCCUACUACCCAAUGGUGCUCAGUCAGAUGGAGGGACAUGACUCUAGGGCAGCUACAAUCUCAGAAUACAAGAAUGGGGUCAUUUACACCAUAGACUGCUUCCAAAAAACUACAUUAUGUAUGACAAGUGGUAGUCAGAUAUAUGCCCACAGGUCACGUCCCUCCAUCCUAGUUCAGGACAUCAGAAUAUACAACCCAUCGGACAAUGCAAUGACAUUAGAUCUACUGCAAGUCGGAACUUCAGACUGGAAGGAUUCUUCAACACAGACAUUUAAGACAUCAUCUAAGUUGGAGCAAGAUGUAGACUGUCUUUUAACAACAGGCACAUAUCCUGUGCCCAAGUCAGAUAGUCUUGUUUUUGUGGUUGCUAUAGCAACAGUCAAAGUUCCUGAUACAGUAGAAGUCAAGUCUGGUGGGACAGUAAAGUAUCACGUCGUGACAUCAGUGCAAUAUUCAACUCCAAUCUCACAUGGAGAAGUUGAAGAGAAAAAGAAAGAAUUGGAAGAAAGUGCCAAAAAUGAUCUGAGCAGUACAUUGAAGAUUGAUGUAGUAAUGCUGCGGAAUGAACAUACCAAAGUGUGGAACCAGCUCUGGGAAUCUGGCUUCAGUAUUAGCUACUCACUAGCCCCCGGGGCUAUAAAUGGGAACCGUAUCAACGCAACCAUGUACUAUGUGAUGAGCAACCUACGAUCUCUCAUACAUGAAGUUAAUGUUAGUCCAGUGAAGAAACUUGAACUACAGAAACUACUUUUCUUUCCUGAUAGAUGCUAUAGUGGACAUCAUACUCUACAAGCACCAGGCCUAUGGAUAGAUACGCCAACUCAGGAAGAUACUCUAGAGGUGGUCAAUAGGUGGAUAAUCACACUAGAAAAGCAGGGGUGUAUUAGUAUGCUGCAAGCAGGAGCUGAUGGUGCCUUACAAGCAAUGAUCUUAAGUUUUGGUGCAUUUCAAUUCACACACCACCAUUUAGAGUUCAAAACUGAUCCUAAAGACCUCCAUAGGGACUAUUUGUUCAGGCGUAUAAACUAUGGUAAUAACACACAUGUUAAUGUUACUGUGGAGGUUGGAGAGGAUAAUAGGGCUAUGUUAUAUGCUGCUCUAGAUAAGAAUGACAAAGAAUAUUAUGCAUGUGAUGCUGGAUGCCUUGACCCACCUGUUAAAUUAAGUAAGCAGCAGACAUAUUUCCCUGUGAAGCUCACUCAGCCCAUGACAGCUGUACUGUACAUAACUGCAGACCAUGAGCACAUGCAAGAACUGAAGGUUGCCAUAAAUGUAAAGGAGGUCAAUUAUGCUCCAGCUCAUGAGCACCAUGUCAUUGCUGUGCAUAAACAUGGCCACUCAUAUGGUGGCUUACCAGCUAUCUUUUGGGUUUCAAUCAUCGUUCUCAUCAUCAUAUUUCAUCUUUUCCUCUUCAAACUCAUCUUCAAUGAGUAUUGCCAGGGACAAGCACGAUUUACAAGUGGGCGUUAUAACCUCUGAGUACUCACUCUGGUUAUUUCAAUUACUGUCAAGGAGAGCGUUGCGUUAUGAGUAAAACCUGACUAACCAGAAGUCACUGUGUACCCAUCAGGGACAGGCAAGAUUCUCAAAAUUAACGAUGCUAUCACUGAUGGUCGAUAGAAGUAUGUCAAGGAAUAAGGAUAGAAGUGGUAGAAUCAUAUCGUUUUUUUCGGUAUGUGUACAAAGUACAUGAUUCGUUCCAUAAGAUAUGACAUCAGCCAAUACAGUAGAACCCGCUUCUGACUUGAUUGCGAAGAAUCAAGUGCCUGGGACUAGGUUUGUAGGAUAAUAAGCAGUAUCAAAUAGGCCUACUCUGAAUUAAAAACACAUGGAUUAUUAGCAGUCAAGAAAUCAACUGAUUUGCAAGAUUUAAUUGACUGGAACUAAAAUGGCAGAAUGAGAAGGCAAGAUUCAAAUUAUCAGUAUCCUUUUGAGUAAAAAGAACUGGAUUAUUAAUGCAGUAAUUGUGUAAAAUUAGGCCUAGUUGUCAGUGGAACAAUUUUGGAAGAACCAAAGGUAUUCCACUUACACAAUUUUUACUGAAUUUCUAUUUGUAUGCUCUGCCUUAGGUGGCAAAGCUCUACGUCUAGCUCAUGGUUUUAAGUCGAUUAUUGUUGUGAUGAUUAUGAUGCAAAUACAUGUAACUGAAUAUGCUGUUAUAAUCAAUUAUUUUUUUUAUUAAAAUAG